AUGAUGCGCCAGAAACCACUCCCGGCUCUGGAAGCGCUUCACAAAGUUGACGGGGGCCGAGUGAAAAAGGCUCCGAAGUCUCACGAGUUAGCGGCCACUCAGAAGAUCAAAAUCAGCUCCCAGAAACAGCCGCCAAAGCCACCACCAAGGAACAAAAUGAACUACUCUCCAGAAAUACGUGACUAUGUCAACCGAUCAUUUGAGCAGGCCCGAAUGGCUCCAACAUCUACAAGGGCCCAAAUGGAGGAAAAACUGAAGGAGAUCAUAGGAGAUACCACACAAAGUGGCCUCUUUCAUGGUAUAAAGUGGAAAGAACUCCCACUCCUACUCGAGAUGAUCCAGAACGGACAGACUGUUCAUCUGCUAGCCCCUAGCUCCCGAUCCUCUUCCUUUGCUGCGGGUAGAGAAGUCGAUACGAUCAAGUCAGCGCCAGAACAAGAGUACAGUCAAGCUCAACAACGAGGUCAGGUAGCUACGCAGCCAACAAAUCUCGUUUCAAAACCGGAUCCGUCCUCAACACUGUCGUCAACAAAGCAACCUCAGCCGACGAAGAAUGCUGCGGUACUCUCUGAGGACGAAUGGCACCCAUCUAAACUGGACCCCAAACGCACCAGUCUUCGGUUCACGAAGGGUGCUCAACCAUUUGAUAUUAAAGAGGAAGCUCACCAUCUGGACCUGGUGGUUGUCGGCGGAUCAGGCUUCUGCCACAAGAUUGAGGAUUUCAGCUGUGGCGAUGAUUCUAUGGGUUUCGGCUCAUACUUAUCUGAUGCUGCCGUAAUGCGUCUCGCUGCCGCCUGUCCAAACCUUCGAAAGGUCUACCUCACCUCUGCCGUGAACCUCACAGACGACGCUCUCUUGGCUUUCCUUACCCAUUGCCCGAAGAUUCAUACGCUCAGCAUCACCGGCAACGAUAAAGGGCCAAAUUGGGGGGUUGGCUCUCUUAGAGCUCAAGAAGAACAAGGAGCUCGCAAAGCAUCUGAAAAAGCUCUUGAACUCGUCGAUCAACGAAGCCUCGAACACAAGUACCUGAAGAGUGUAGGCACAGCACGAAAGCAGCUGAUCAUCACUGAAGGCGACUCAAGCGAAAAAUCUUAUGACUUUGGGUCUGUCAGCACUUGGAAGGCCGGCAAGAUAAAGCUGGAUAAAUCUACCUUCGACGAGGGAUUUUGA